UAAUUCGAACAUUGGUACAGCGCAGUUUAAACCGUGAACAUUAAUCGCGAAUAUUUUAAGUUGAAGUUAUUUUAAUAACAAAGAUUGUAAUGUAGUGAUGAAUUCAUUUCACGUGGAGGUAGUUAGUUGGCCGCGCUUGACAUUAAUAGAUCUAAUGAAAGUAAUCAUGAACAUCAAUAUCGCGAGGGUCACGUGUUUCUCUUUCGUCAUAACCAUAUCAACGCUUUCGUUGGCGACGGCACCACGACCACCGAUCAGAGGGUGCGAGAUGCAGACGCCGUGUUCGUGUUCUAUGAGCGACGGAAGUGGCGAUAUUGACCUCACCAGCCUUAGCGGUCCAAAUGGCCAACCGAAGUUCAAAGACGUUCUGAAUACGGACGAGGGCUACUACUACUCGUACAGCCCGUGCGGCGCCUUCUCGGAAGUACAAUGUAAUGACGCAACGGCGUGCGUUCUAGACGAGAACAAGGAUCAGUCGCAGCAGAUAGGAGACUCCGGAAGGGCCGCCUUCAAAUAUGACGGCGAUCACGUUGUCGUCGCCUACACUUCCGGUACCGGAGUACUCAAGCUUACGGAAGUCAGCCUGAUCUGUGACCCGACGGCCUGUGACCCUAUAUUCGUUCCCAACGGGGAGCAAGGUGCGGGUCAGUUUGAAAUGACAUUAACCACCAUCUGCGCAUGCCCAGGAAAGUGUUCAGCUUCCGGUCCAACAUCCGGUUGCCAUUCUAACCAUCCUAGCAAAGGCGGUUCGGCUGGGGGCCUUAGUGUUGGAACAAUCUUGGUGCUCAUAUUCUUCGUAACUCUUUUACUGUACCUGGUGUCCGGGCUCGCCUACAUGAGGUUCCGGAAACAGGCUACCGGAAGUGACAUAAUCCCCAACAAAGAAUUCUGGGUAGUCCUACCGUCGCACGUCUUGAAUGGCGGGAAAUUCGUCGUGGCCAAAAUCCUCCGAAAAGAAGCGAACUAUAAUAAAAUAUAAGCAACAUGAUGGACUCUGAAGUGUUAUUAUGAAGCUUUCAUCCGGGAAUCCGUUGGACGAAUUAUGUCAUUAUAUGAGUCGCGUUCUGAGAAAACUGGGCUUAAUGCAUGUGCGUAAAUUGGAUUUUUGCUAAGAGGAGACUUCAUUUAAACGAAAAAUAUCGUACAAACGGAAAGUUUCGUCCCUGAUCAGCCUGUGCGGACUGCACAGGCUAAUCUGGGACGACACUUUACGCACAUGUAUUAUGUCCAGUUUUCUCAGAACACGACCCAUAUGAAUGUUGCAAAGGAACUCCUUAUUUCCAGCUUUGCAACUAGUAUCUACAACUAGAUUAUACAUUUUGAAAGAUAAUUUUAUUAAUUGUAUUUAUCUGCUCGGGCAAUUAACAAAUUGUUGCAAGUGCGUCUUUAAGCAAUUUGUAUCAAAUAAUAGUGAUGAGUUAUGGUUGCGACAUAUGUCAAUCAAAACCCGCAUGAAUGAGUCACACAAUUCCGGAAUCAAAAAUAGCAAAUACGAUGAACAACCAAUAAUAAACAUAAAUAUGUGCAUAAUAAUAAUGUUGUGUGGUAAAAAAUCAUUGAUCUGUUCCGUGGUAGAAUUGUCUUUUCUUGCGAUGCUAUAAGAUAUGAAAUGUCGGU